UCCAAAAUUCCACUUGUUUUUUGUUUGUUGAAUGUUAAUUGUUUUAAUUUUAAAUUUUUAAGUGUUCCACAUAUUUGGUUUUAGUUAUAAUUAUUUGCUUUACUUGUCAACUUUGUUAAUUAUUAGUUUUAAUAAAUGUUCUCCUUAUGUUGUUGUUUGUAACACCAAAAUCUGCUGACUAAAUAUAAAAUAAAUGAUACAAUUAUGCAAAAUAACCACAUUUUUUAAUAUUUAUAUUCUUUAAAAUUAUUAUUUUACAAUUUAAUUGAUAAUUGGUUAAUCCAGAUAUUAUGUAAACUGUAUAUUAUAUUAUUCUAUAUUAUAGUAAACUCUUAUCAUGGAGUUUAUGAAGAAACAUUUUUAAGUUGACCUAGGUUUAUUAUACAAAAGUUUCAAUGAACUACAUAAAAAUAAAUUCCUGACAAAUACCAUAUACAUAAAGAUAGUAGCUGUAUGAGUGGCACCAAGGACGAGGUAGUUACAACCAUUAUGUAUGAUCCGGGCAUUCGGCAAGAACAAAACCCAGUAACGGGUCAACUAUAUGCCACUAUUGUCAAAAAAGAUGAUAAAGCAUCUUCUGUUGACUUUCCAUUUUACAACGUAAACAUGGUACAGAAAGUUCCCGUAUCUGGUAAUAUUGCUGUCCUUGCUGCAGCUUCAGCAAAUGGAGUAACUCAAACUGAUAAGACCUCUUAUCGUUUUGAUGUAACAGCCCCUUUCAAUUAUAACUAUGCAUUAGUUAAUCAAAUGUCUCUCACAACGGCUGGUGCAGCUUUUAAAUGUGAUGUUUGUGGUGCUGGAUUUACACAUGCAUCAAUGCUAGACCAUCAUAAAAAAUCUGCUCAUCCACAAGAACCACCAUCAUUUACUUGUUCGACAUGUGGUUCUUGUUUUCCUCAAGUAAGAGAUAUGAAAGUCCAUCGAUCAACUGUACACAAACAGUGUUUUUCAUGUGGUGCGGAUGUUGCUCCACAAACAGUCAAGGGUAAAAAGUCUAGAUUUAUAAAAUGUGUGAGUUGUAGUGGUGGGAAUUGUUCCAACUACACACCUCAAGAAAAUGAAAUAGAAUCUAGUGACAAUUUAUCACCCGAGCAGACUGCAAUAAUGAAAGGUUAUUAUCCAGUGAAAAAAAGAGGUAUGGCUACAGUCACCAAAUGUUAUAAAUGUAAUGGUUCUGGUAUUAUUUUUUUAGUUAAUGGUAACCAUACUAAUGUUAAUAUGAAGAAUGAUUCAAUUAACAAUUCAAAUACUCCCAACAAACCUUUUCAUUGUAACAUAUGUGGGGGAAGUUUUUCACGUUACUCAUCAUUAUGGAGUCAUAAACGUCUGCAUACUGGGGAUAAACCUUAUAAGUGUGAAAUAUGUGGUUUAUCAUUCGCAAAAGCAGCUUAUUUAAAAAAUCAUGGUCGAGUGCAUACAGGUGAAAAACCAUUUAAAUGCGGUGUAUGUGGAAUGCAAUUUUCUCAAUCUCCUCAUCUCAAAAAUCAUGAAAGAAUACACAGUGGUGAACGACCUUAUCAAUGUGAAGUAUGUGAUAAAACUUUUGCUCGUCAUUCUACAUUAUGGAAUCAUCGCCGUAUUCAUACAGGAGAAAAGCCUUAUCGUUGUGAUAUAUGUGGAUCAGCAUUUAAUCAAGCCACACAUUUAAAAAAUCAUGCUAAAGUACAUACAGGAGAAAAACCGCAUCGUUGUGAUAUUUGUGGAGUUGGUUUUAGUGAUCGAUUUGCAUUAAAACGACACAGAAAUAUACACGAGAAGUAUGCUAGGCAACAAAGUGAUGCAGCUGCGGCACAUACUGUAACACCACCAUCACAAGAAUUGGAACCAAUAAGUGGUCAAACCCAAAUUGAGGAAUGUAUCUAUAGUGCUGACUAUACUGUAGAAAAGUAUGACGCAGCAAAUAAUAUUCCUACUGAUAUUGUAGAGGUAAAAGUUGAUCAACAGAAUCAACGUGAACAUGAUACACAGCAGCAACAAAUUGAGGAUUGUAUUUAUAAAUAAUGAUUUAAGACAGAUCAAUGAGGGAAGAAUCUAAUAAAAAUAUGAGUAUCCGUAGUAAGAUUUAAUGGGUUCAAGUAUUUACAUCAUACAAUAAUCAAGCAUACAUUUACAACAAAAAAUUAGAACCCACAAAAUAUGAUUUAAAUAUGGUGCUAUUCAUAGUUUUAUUAGUUUAAAUAUUAACUUUUAAGAUUUAAAGAUAAUUUAAUGAAACAAGCUAAUAUCAAUAAUUAUAAACUUUGUUUAAGAUGAAAACUACAUUUUUAUAAUGAUUAUAUGUACUCUUUUAAAUAAUUACAUACCAGCUUGUAGGUAUUAUAUUUUUAUUUUAUUAUCCAAAAAUGAUUGUCAUAGAAAUGUUUUUAUUUUAGCAAUCCUUAUAUUUGUAAAUACUAUAGGUUAAAAGUAUAAAGAACUAAUUAUUAUAUAUUAAUAAUUUAAUUGUACAAAAUAAUUAUACAUUAGCUUAUUUAGUUAUUUAAAUUGGAUUUGUCUUCAAAUCUUCAUAGUAUGUAUUAUUAUGUACAUUUGUGUAUUGCUCUCCAAUAAUUGAUUCCAAUCAAUGUUUGAAUUUAGAUUGUGAUUAAUUUGAAAAAUUGAAUUUAAAUUUGUAUUUGAAUACUAGUUAUGAAUUAAUGUUUAUUAUUUUGCUAUUAUACCCAUAUUAUAGACCACAAAUCCAAUUUAAAAAUUUAAAAUAUCAUAAUUAUUUGUUAUAUUUUAUUUAUUAAUAACAAUCAGG